UUCCCUUCGACCCCUCGAGAUUAAGCAUUUCAUUGCCUUGUUGAAAUCAAAACCAAAAUGGGUAUUCCAAAGGUUUUAGUAGCUAUGAUCAUUUCCAUCAUAUCCUUUUCCUUGCUCCAAACCUCCCAUGCUCAAAACUCGCCGCAAGACUACUUGAACGCCCACAACAGCGCUCGAACCGCGUUUGGUGUUGGACCCUUGGUUUGGGACGACAGGAUCGCAGCCUUUGCACAAGACUACGCUAAUAAACACCAAGGUGACUGCAACAUGGUGCAUUCUGGAGGGCCUUACGGCGAGAACCUUGCAAAGAGCACCGGUGAUCUUUCGGGUACUGAGGCGGUGAACUUGUGGGUGGAAGAGAAGCCUAACUAUAAUUACAAUUCCAACUCCUGUGUAGGUGGACAGUGCCUACACUACACUCAGGUGGUCUGGGAAGACUCGGCUCGUGUAGGGUGUGGUAAGGUUCGCUGUAACAAUGGAGGAACCUUAAUUGGCUGCAACUAUGAUCCACGAGGUAAUAUUUGCAUCUCAUUUGUCCUAUCAAUUGUCCCUCAAGAAUUUGGCAUUGCAUCGCAUUGUUGA